ACUGCGUCAGUUUCUCUUCGCAAGCAGUAUUAUCGUGUUUUAUACUUUGAUGGAUUUUUGAAUGAGAAUUAAUUGAUCUUACCUAAUAAUGGGUGCCAUAUAUAAAUUAAGGAGAUUAAUUUAAUCCUCGAAAUUACAAAUGGCUGCGGAAUCGCUUCUGAAAACGGGCAAGCAUUCGAAAUAUAUAUCGUAUAGAAAAAUCUUGUAUCAUAGGUUCUUCGUCGGCCUACUCUUGUUUAUAGUGGUAUCUUUAGUGUUUACUGUGGUGUUUAAUACGUUUUCUGGUAGUGCGACGCGGAUAGAUGUGUAUCAAGCUGUGAAUUUGGACUCGACAAGUUUUGAAGUGGUUAAAAUCAGCAGUAGUGCUCUGGAGGCGCAUCCUCGUGUCUCCAACUGCACUUACUGGGACUGCGUCGAUGUGUACAGAUGUGGAAAAGGCGGACACAACAAGAUAACAAUAUACAUAUAUCCAUUAAAAGACUAUCAGACUGAAAAUGGGAAUUCUAUAUCAAGAUUUUCUAAAGAAUUUUAUAUGAUAUUAGAUACUAUAAAACGUAGUAAAUAUUACACGCCUGACCCGGAGGAGGCGUGCCUGUUAGUACCUAGUAUAGAUACUCUGAAUCAACAUAGUUUCUCAAGUAAACAUGUCGCACAAGUGCUGCAGUCUUUGCCAUAUUGGAACCACGGUGAAAACCACCUUAUAUUCAACAUGCUGCCAGGGUCCGCACCCAAUUACAACUCCGUGGUGGAUCUCAACACCAGCCGAGCUAUUAUAGCAGGAGCCGGCUUCAACACAUGGACAUUUAGAUACAAUUUUGACGUAUCAAUACCAGUGUACAGUUCUGUCGCAGAGACAAUCGACAGCACCCAACCAGAACAAAAGAAGUACCUUAUAAUAUCAACGCAGCUCAAUAUACCACACAAUUAUUUAGAAGAAUUACAGAACAUUGCAUCUUCGUCCAACGAUCUCUUGUUGUUGGACCGGUGUAAGACUGACAAAACAGAUUACAGUAAGCGGUGUGAGUACACCACGGGUAGACAAUUUGACUACCCGAAUGUCCUGAAGGAUGGGAUGUUCUGCUUAGUUAUAAGAAGUGCGAGGUUGGCUCAAGCUGUACUGAUGGAUAUUCUUGCUUCUCAGUGUAUACCAGUAGUGAUUGCGGACUCCGUAGUGAUGCCAUUUAGUUCGCAUGUUGAUUGGAAUAAACUAGCACUGUUUGUACCGGAAGACAAUAUAAAGAAUUUAGUUAAAAUUGUGCAUUCAGUGAGUAAAGAGCGCCGUGGAGAGCUCUACUGGCAGCUAAGAUGGGCAUUUGAUAGAUAUUUUGCUAGUAUAGAGAAAAUAACAUUGACUGCUUUAGAGAUAAUUAAUGAGAAAGUGUUUGCGUUGGCCGCCAGGACGUAUGAAGAGUGGAACAUGCCUGAACACUUGUACGGUCCAGUGAAUCCACUCUUCUUGCCGGUGACCGCGUCCAAAGCGGCUGGCUUCACCGCGGUCAUACUAACGUACGACCGGGUAGACAGCCUGUUCGCCCUGGUGUCCAAACUGGUGCGGACACCGAGCCUAGCCAAGAUACUAGUCGUUUGGAAUAAUCAGAAAAAGGCGCCGCCUCCUUCAUCCGAAUGGCCAGUUACAAACAAGCCGUUGAAAGUGAUACGAACCAAAGAGAACAAACUGUCAAAUAGAUUUUUCCCGUACGACGAGAUUGAGACUGAGUGUCAGCUGACCAUUGACGACGAUAUCGUCAUGUUGACGCCUGAUGAGUUGGAAUUUGGUUUCGACGUGUGGCGUGAGUUCCCCGACCGGAUAGUGGGGUUUCCGUCCAGGCUGCACGUUUGGGAUAACACCACCAACUCGUGGCGAUACCACAGCGAGUGGACCAACCAGAUUUCUAUGGUGUUAACGGGCGCAGCGUUUCACCACAAGAUCUGGUCAUGGUACUACACGUACAAGAUGCCACCGGAGAUCAGGAGCUGGGUGGACGACAACUUCAACUGCGAGGAUAUUGCCAUGAAUUUCCUCGUCGCUAAUGUUACUAGAAAGGCGCCAAUUAAGGUGACGCCUCGCAAAAAAUUCAAGUGUCCAGAAUGCACGAAUACAGAGAUGUUAUCAGCCGACGCUAGGCACAUGUCGCAGCGGUCGGCGUGCAUCGCUCGCUUCGCAGAAAUAUACGGCCACAUGGCCUUACAGCCAGUCGAGUUUAGAGCUGACCCGCUCCAGUACAGGGAGACUGGAUCGGGAAUACCGCACGCGUACCCAGACAUUGGCGCGUUGUAAGGUAAGGUUUUGGGGGCCCUCUUAACGAACUGUUUUGAAAGAAAGGUCAGUGUGUUGUAUGUAUUAUGAUGAUACGAACUAAGCUGGCUGUAUUCAGGUUUUAGUACAAUCAGCUUCAGUUGUAGCAUUGUACAGUCAACCACAAAAACUACUUAAUUUCAUCAAAAUUAAUGAGCCAGUUGAUUUUUAAGUACUGUUAAAUUAGAAGAGGGCCUCGAAUGUUAGAUUUAAUGGAAAGUAGGUGGUACGGACAAUAACAAAAUGAAUGAAGGCUGUAAGAGAAAUAAAAAAUGGGAUUUCGUCCCCAAUACCAGGGUAUGUAGAGUUAAACUGCCAUUAUUUCAUUAAAUUCCCCGAUACACCCCAAGUUUGUACAUAUGCGGUAGGAAAUCUAUAAUUUCUACGUCGAUAAUAUGACAACUAUGAGUUCCCUAUCAAAGUUUUAAACAUUAAAUAUACAUGUGUAACAAAAUUAUGUUAAGAAAUAAUAAAAAAAUGAUCAAAAAGACUAUGAACAAAUAUAAUGCAAUUAUUAUUAAAUUAUUGUUAAGUACAUAUACACCUACCACUUUCAAUUAGAUUUUCUACCGUAAAUGUACAGUACGCACGAAAAAUAUGUAGCCGCCGACGUAGGCCCAUUGGACUAUUUAUUGUAUAAAUUGUUCUCAUAUUUUAUUGUUCCGUACAAUACGAGAACAAUGUAUACUAAAAAUAAUCUGAGCCUUUAGCCAAACGCCACUUUAGCGCUUGUCUACAGAGAGAGUAGAAA